CCAAUCAGAAUGGAGAGGGCUUUGGAGGAAGUUGGAAAAACCAGAAGGUGUGAGUGAAACGUAUGGACUUGAUCAAAACACUGUCCAGUAAAUGACAUUGUGGUAAAAAUAAAAGGUGGAUUCUGACAUUUAGACGCGGAGGAACUUCAGCGAUCUGAUAAGAUGGUGUAUAUGGUGAUUGAGAAGCACACUGCUGAUGUUCUCCAUCUGAAGAGAACACCUGGGAUUCGGUCCUGGUCUCUACUCGUUGGCAUUGCCUCUAUAGGCCUGGCAGCUGCAUAUUACAGUUCAGACAGUGUGUUAUGGAAGCUGUUCUAUGUUACGGGCUGCUUAUUUGUCGCCUUACAAAACAUGGAGGAGUGGGAAGAGGCUGUUUUUGACAAAUCCAAGGGAAAGAUAGAGCUGAAAACCUUCAGUCUAUAUGCAAGGAUACUCACCCUGUGGAGAAAAGGUCAUGAAAAAGUGCUUCUGGAUUUGCGGCACUUGCGGGACAUAUGCAUUCAGGAGGAGAAGGUGCGCUAUCUGGGGAAGGGUUAUGUGCUGGUGCUGCGAAUGGCCACUGGAUUCUCUCAUCCUCUCACACAGAACGCCACUCUUGGGGACCGCAGUGACGUGGAGGCGCUUGCUGCCCUUCUAAAGCGAUUUUUGGGGCUUGAAACAUCAGAGCAGCAGCCAGCUCAGGAAGAUGAAGAUGAUUUUGGCGAUGAAGACGAGGAGGACUUUGAGCAGCUGGGUAUGGAGGGGGAUGACGAAAGCAGUGAUUCAAGGGAUGAAAGUGAACUGACACCUCACUGACCACUGGUCCUGUGAAUAUAUAGAGGACGCUGCACUCAGACUCUAAUUAACCAACCAAAUCUUCCAGUCUUAAGAACAACCCACUACCUGAAAACAUUUCCUCUUUCUUUCAGUGCCUGAAUAAUACGCUGCCAUCCGUCUUAAAGUGGCCUUUCCGUAUACCUCAGUAAAGAGGCAUUACCAAGACAAUAAGCUACAAUAAGUAGCGAGCAUGUCUAAGAUGGCGUACUACAAUGACUAUUACUACUAGUAAUAAUAAUGAAACUAACAAUAUGGAUAUUGAGUUCAGAAUCUUUGGUGCAUAAAGCAAACUCCUCACUGUUUUUUUUGUUUUACACUCAGGGUGUUAUAUUAGUGUUGCAGUACUGCAUGAUCUUAAAAUCUGUUUGGAACACAGUCUUUCAAGCACUCUGAGAUGUAGGUGCUAAACCUUUUGAAAUAUUACAGCACUGUUAAUUUUAUAACUCAAAAUAAUGACUCAUAAUUGUAAUUAUAACAAUUAGCAAAACUCAACUAAUCAUGUGAUGCCAUAAAAUGUUUGUUGCAUGUUAGUAUAUACAAAUAAGUAAAAGUAAUGUUUGUCUUCAUGGAAUGUACUUACAUUUAUGGCGCAAUUACUUGAUUUUUUUUUUUUUUAAAGCUAGAUCCAACUUUUUUAGGCAAACUAAACAGGUUCUAGUCAGACUUCAGCUCAGCUGACCUGGCUCAGUUUCAUCAAAAAAUAUGAAUGUAACCUAUUAAGUUGCUGACAUAUAAACCAGGCAUCAGCCACCCAGUGGAGGUGUUGCAAUAUUACUAUUGAAUGGCCUUUACUACUGAGAGCAUGCAUGGACCAAACCAGAUGAUGUUUAUCUGAAUUACUGCUUCUUUGUGAAAGUGAAAGUAUAUAUCAGGGAAAUGUGCAUGGUCAUACAUUUCCCUUUUCUUAUUUUCUGGCCCACAGUAAUUACAGUAACUUGUAUUCACUGAACCGUACCCACCAGAAGACGUCAAUAAAAUGCUAAACCUUUUCUUGUGACAGCAUAUGGUAAUUAUUAACACCAUCACAACAAAAGUAAAGUAAAACAAACUAAAAAAAAAAUUUUAUGGAGUGAAAUUACAAAGUCUUCACCAUUAAUCAUCUGAUGGGUCAGGAUGAGCGUAUCGUGCAGACCUGAUUCUGACAUUUUGUAAUCAAUUCUCACAUGAAAAUAUUGAUACUAAGAGUCAGGGACAUGGUAAAGUGUUUUAAGUUGUGGUGCUGAAAUUUUAAGCAGAGUGUGUGUGACUUGAGCAAUGAUGUCAUGCAAAAUGAUUUCUUUUUUUAUUUGAUUUUUUGUUUUUAAUUUUUUUAAGUAAAUCAGAUAUGUUUUUCAAAAUAUAAAAAAUACAAACUCCGCUCUUAAACAGCACAUAUGGGUCUUUACUAUGCUCAGAUUUUUAUAAAGUUCAGAACGUUUUGUUAUGAUUAUUAUUAUUUUUAACAACUGCAGUCCUGAAAUCAGGGGGUGCUGCAGCCCCCUUAGCAGCACCACUUCCUGUGUCCCUGCUGUGUUUUCAUUAAGCGGUAAACUGCAUAUCUGUCUUUUAUAAAACUGAAUGUGUUGUUAAUGCAGUAAAAGUGGGGAAAAAUAUUGUAGGAAACAAAUGUGUAGGAUAGGAAUUACCUUUUUGCACCUUCUCUCUCUGCUUCUCCUAUACGCGCACCCAGGCCGCCACACAAGACAGAGAGAAUGCUCUAUGAUGGCAGAUCAUAUGGGGUUAUUUCACUCUACUACACUGUCUGUUUAUUUGCUGGUUUAUUUAAUACUAAUACAAAGGCUUUCAAAUAUACUUCUUAUGCCACAUUUACUGUGUUUCACUCUAGACAUCACAAAUAAUUCUCUUUUUUAUCUUCCCACAGAAUCUAUUAUAAAUAUUGGUAUUGGUCUUUGGUAUUACGUACUAUCAAAUCAAAAAGAAAAUUUGUGGUAUCACACAGUUGUUAUAUUAACUUGUACUCACUGAACCCUUCCUACCCCAUGAUGUUCAUAGAAAUGUUUAACCUUUUCUUGGGUCAGUAUAUAGUAAAUGUAUAUGCUAUGACAAAAAUAAACAAG